UCUGUCUUCGCCAUUUGUUUGCAGUAGCAACAUUCCUCAAUUUUAUUUUUGAAUGCUGGUACAAAAGGUCAAAAGAUGAGUCGAGGAGGCAGUAUACCAAGGGGAAAAGAAAAGGAAUCGCUCAAUUCUUCAAGAAAUAUUGAGAGCCAAGCCAAAUUCUGUCAAAGCCGUGUAGCCCUUGUGGAGAAAAAUUAUGGAAAUUUGUGUGAAACACUGGGUUCAAUAACACGUAAAGCUGCUAGACAGAGAGACAAAGGUGAUCUUCUUGCCAAACAGUUACAGGAAUAUGCUAAUUCUGAAAAUAUCAGUCAUUGUACCAAAGCAGGACUCACCCUGUGUGCCCAAAAUAUGUCAGCUAUACAGGACUAUCGUGAGGCAGAGAUUAAAAGACUAGAAGCAAAAGUGGUUCAUCCCUUGAGUGGUUACGGUGAUAUAUGUAAAAAAAAGAAAAAAGAUAUAAGCACAGAAUUAGGAAAUAUAAAGAAAGAACAGAAAACCUUACAACAAUUAGAAAAAGUGAGAACUAAAAGUCCUGGAGAUCAACAUCAAAUUACAAGAGCAGAAACAGAACUGAAGAAAGCCAAUGUUGAUUCUGAGAUGGGAGGAAAAGCUUUAGAGGAACAAAUGGUAGUGUUUGAGAAACAAAGAUUGGGGGAUGUAAAGAAUUCUCUAGCAGAUUUUAUCAACAUAGAAAUGAUAUUUCAUGCCAGAGCUUUGGAAUACUAUGCCAGAUGUUUUGAAAAUAUUGUGAUGAUAGAUGAAGAAAGAGAUUUACAGGAAUUCAAGCGAAAAUUACAAGCAUCUAAAGGAAUGCAUGCAGAUUUUGGCCAGACUUUAGGUGGAUUAUCAGGAGGUUCUAGUACAAUGGGAAGUGACACAUUAGGGACAGGAUCCUCAUACACAUACACAUAUGGAGACACAUCAACAGCUACUGCAUCAGCAUCAGAUGCAAGGAGAGUUAGAAUAAGUAAUACUUCAAUGAUGUAUGAUGAUGAUGAAGAUGAUGAAGAUGAUGAUGAUGAUGAUGAGUACAGCGUACCUAGAAGGACAGGAAUGAGAUGAUUAUAAACAUUUUAACUUAUGUAGUAGCAGUAUAGAUGAAACAAGGACAGAACCAGUUUGGACACCAAUCAUAGUUAAUAAAAAUGCAUGUUAAAUCACUCCAUAGAAAUAACUAUUGAUUUUGUGAAUAUUUCAUGCAUUAACCAAAGUUCAAAUUGGAGAUAGAAUGAUAUUCCACCCACUCGAUAAGUUUUUUCCACUGAAUAAAGGAUUCCUAAACUAGAAGCUAAGUCUUGAAUAAAUCACACAAUGUUAAGUUGAUUCCGAACAAAGAAAAUUGUAUUUGAUCAUGUUAUAUGUAACUUCUUUGUAGAAGUUUUAUAACAAAGAAUGUUAAUACUUAAAGAUAAGCCAUGUACUUAGAAAUGUAAAAAUCCAAGUUCUUGCUCAAUAGGCUGCUUUGGUAAAACCAUGGUUUAGCCUUUGAAGGAAGAAAAAUGUAAGGCUUCACUGUAAAGCACAGGUGUCAUAUACUGCAGUUUUAGUUUUAUUUUGAAGGAAAAGAUAUCAUUUGUACUCCUAAAUGUGGGACCAGAAUAUCUCAUAGCAGUCUAAGUUUUUCUAGGAGAGAACUGAAUUACAUUUUUCGUAGUUGUGGGAAUUUUUUUUCAUCUAUAGCUGGAAAAGGGAUCAUAUAUUUUCACUGUGUGAAAUCGUAUUCUGAAAUAAUAAAAAAGCAUUUAUGUCACUACUUCUUUUUCAAAAUAAAGGUAUGUAAUAUGGUUAAUAAAAGAUUUCUCCAUUCCAAUUACCGGUAUUGGGUCUAGUAUAAAAUUCUGGAAAAAAAAACCAACCCCAAACCUGAGGAUGUUUGUAUGUAAAGUAAAAAUAGUAAAUGUUUGUUUCAGAAGUGGUCAGUAGUGGUCAGUAGUGGUCACUGAUAUUGUAAGUGAGUUUUCAUAGCAGUGUAUUCUCUGCUAAGGGAGCUACCAUUUGAUUUUUAUGGGGGGGCUAGGAUGAAAUUUGAAAAAAAAAGGCAGGACAGAAGUUUUGAGUAAAAAAAUAGGCAGGAUGAGCAACUUGGCAAAAAAAAAAGGCAGGAUGACAAAUUAUGUAUAAAAAAUCAGGAUAAAGUAAUAAAAAAAAAGGCAGGACCGAAUAAAGUGAAAAAUAAAAAGGCACGACCGAGAUUACAACUAAAAAAAAAGGCAGGACAAAAUUUUUCAUCCUAGCCCCCCAUAAAAAUCAAAUGGUAGCUCCCUAAUGGAUGAAAUAAACUAGUGUAGGAUUUCCAUGACAGUUUAUCUGUAUGCUUUUAUUUCUACAAAAAAAAUGCUACAGCUAAGAAAUAAUACACUUGUGUCUUUUAUGUACCAAAAAUUUUAAAACAUUCCAGAUUGAAAAUUUAUUUUUAUUUUUGGUAACAUACAGGUUUUAGUUCUGUUAUAAGAUUUUUGCUCAGAAGUAUUUCUAUGACAUUUGUUUAUUUACAGAAUGAAUAUGUGAAAUAAAACUUUCUCCCAAAGGAGGAAAUAUUUUGAUACAUUUUGUAUAUUUUUCCACUUUGAAAUGAAUAGAAAUCUCUUAUCAAGUGGAAAAAUAUCUAUGGAAGUAUGAAUCUCAUUAAAACAUAUCAAUUAGUCAUUUUAUAUACAAUUUCAAAUUUGUGUGUGUUUGUGAAAACAUCAGACUGAAAUAAGAAGCACAGUACUACUCAAUUCAUUUACAUAUGAAACUCAAGACAGUAAUAAGUUUUAGAUCAGUAAAAUAACAUAAUAAAUCUUUUAUAUUGUUAUAAAUCAUAUAUAAGUCAUGAAUUUUUAUUAUUUACAAAAUUUCAUAAUUAUUUUUUUUGUUCAGGUAGUUAUGUAUUGUUUAAAGAUUGUGGCUCAUGAACUUUAUGUUUAUGGAAGGUUAUAAGUUCAUUGUUUCAAACAUUACCAUGACUGGAAAGGUGCUUGGCCUCACCAUUUUGGUUAUUACUUUGUAUUUAUUUUAGUCUCAGUUAACACGAUCUAUUUUCAACUCUCCUAUUAUAGUGCUUGACAUUUCAAAAAUCAUGACAUAGUUUGUUUUUAUACAGAUUUUAAAAGGUCUAUAAAUAUAUGGAAUUAGGACAAUAUAUAAGAUAAGAAAUAAUCGUUUAUUGAAUUAACAUUUGAUUCAAUUUUUUUUUUAAUAUGAACAGAUGAAAAUAUUAUUAACUGUGUUUGUUAGGGAUGUUUUCUUGAUAUGACAAAAUGGAAAUAUUUUGACAUUAAUAUUUUCUGCUGUUUUGACUAUGGACCACAGAUAUUUCAGUUACAACCAAAGAUGACAUGUCAGAAAAAAAACAGACAGAGCUUAAAGCUCAUUUUAAACUAUAUGGAAUAUUUUGCACCUUAUACUUUAGCAUUAAGGUAUAUUUAAAUUUUACCUCAAUAACACUUUGGAAAUCAAAGAAUAUAAUUAAAUUAUGAAGAUCAGAGAAAUAAUCCUAAAAUUGAGAGAUAUCUUCUUAAUAAUAUAUAGAAACUUGUAACACCAUUUGUCAUAUAAAAAACAAAGUUUUGUGAACCCUGUAAUAAAUCCAAUUAAAGUGCAUCCCCUUUAUUUAAUACAACAUUGGAAAGCAAUGUUGUAAUCUCUAAAUUUUAAAAUUAUGGAUCAUUUGCCUAAAAUGAAGGUUGAAAUAUUCAAACACUGGAUCAAUAGAUGCAAAUUUUUUUUCUAUGAAAAACCUAACAUAUAUGUAAAUGUCUUAAAAAUCAAAAAAAUAAUACAAAAGUGUAAAUCAUAAUGCAAGUUUCAUAAAAUUAUUAUUCAUAAGGUAAAAUCAGAUGUAUCUAGAAAAUGUAUUGCAAAGGAGAAACGAAAUCAUAAAUCAUUCCAUAAUCUCUUAAAAGACCAGUAAGAUUUGUAUACACACACGAUUGCCAAAAGCUUAAUGAGGUUGAAAUAAACAAAUUAUUAGUAUAAUGUGGAACCAGUAGAUAUAGGUACCAGGUAUAGCUGAUAAUUGCUCUCUUAACAUCACCCAUGGCUAGCUUGAAUAAUUAAUCAUAUAAAUGUUAAUUUUGACUGUUGUUUUGUUAUUAAUGUCUGAUCGUAAAAAGUAUAAUAGUGCAUAUAAUAAUGUCAAAAAAUAAUGUCACAAGUACUUUAAAAGGUAAUCAAUUUGGUUUAUGUAACCAAUCACUGCAUAGUUUAUAUUAAAUAUGAAUAUAUAAAGUUGUAAAUAUUCAUGGUAUUUAUUACAAUUAUUUUGAUAAACAACAUAUGAAUGUAUUUACCACUAAGGACAUAUUAAUUGUCAUUAAUUAUGUAAAUUAUAUCCUUCAGGGUCUGUCCAGGGCUAACUGCCAUGCUAUCAUAAUAAGGAAGAGGAUAUAUAAGAAAUGUGAUUGGUUUUUAUUUUUGUUAUCAUCUCAAUAGUUGUCAGAACUUUUUAUAAUUACUAUAAAUGGAUAAAGUUCCCCUGGGAAUGUAAAUUGGUGUUUGUUUUGAUAACAUUUGAUUUUUUUGUUUUUUUUCUCUUUUGAAAAGAUUUUAAGGUUUUUAAAAAUUUUUAGUUCUGACUAGUUCUGUUGACAAUUAUGAAAUCACUAAUCAUUUUGAAUACGGUAAAUUCAGAAAUUAUUGCGUGCAUUUAUUAUUGCGAUUUUGUCAUUUUAGACUUAAAUGCGAUUUUAAUUUUUACGAUUUUGAGAAAAAUCCUGUUUAAUUCAUAUAAAAUAUUUCAAAAUGCAAGUUUUAAUUAUUGCGUUUACAACUCUGUGGCAUUUUUCGCAAUAAUUAAAACCUCGUAAUAAUUUCUGAAUUUACAGUAGCAGGAACAAACAAAUCAAGGGAAACAGAGAAAAUGAAGUAAUAGGACAGGAUUUAUUUUAACAGUUGUAAAAUUCUAGCUUACUUGUGUCAUUUUUUGUAAGCCUUGAAAACUUAUGGCAGAAAAAAUGUUUCCCUCUCGGCUUUGACAACAUAGUUUCUUAUUUUAGUAAGAGACAAUUUAUUAAAACAUUUUAUUUUUUGGCUGGACAGAAAAUUGUCUGUAUUACUUUUGAUAAGAGUUAUCGUAAUUAUUAAUUCAUGUUAUUUAAAUAUUUUAGGUUAUUUCUGGUAAAAACUGAGAUAUCAGAUGUUUAGAACUUGCCUCAAUUUUUAGUAUAUACAUUUUAUAAAUAAAGAUUGUUAUAAAUUAUAUUGUUUAA